AAGAUUUUUUUGCCCUUCUUUUCUUACCUGUUUCCUUAACCAACUUCAAUCAUACCAACUACACGAAUUUAUGAACCAAACCUUUAAAUGCCCUCAUCCAUAUUAGAAGUGAGAGGAAUCAAAUAUUCUGAAAUUUAUCAAUAUUACAUCAAAUGGAAGAUUAUAUCAUCAAAUUGAUUUUUUCCGCAACAAUUAGUUGGGCAACAACCUUCAUUAUUAUCAGAAAACUAUUUUCUCAUCGAUCGUUUGAUUUUUGCAAUAGAAUUGUGUCCACAAUUCAUGCAAUAUUUGGUGUCUGUUUAGCUUCUCUCUCUGUUCAAGACUGGAGAUGUCCUGUAUGUCCCUUAGCAUCAAAAUCUUCACCAUGGCAGAUGAAAACUUUAGCAGUGACAGUAGCAUAUAUGAUAUAUGAUCUUAUAUGCUGUCACAUUGGCAAGCGAGUUAAUCUAGACAAUUCAGUUCAUCAUCUUGUUAGUAUAGUUGGUAUUGGAGCAGGACUUGCACAUCAAAAGUGUGGAUCAGAGAUGGUUGCCGCUUUGUGGAUAACUGAGAUCUCUAGCCCUAUUCUACAUAUGAGAGAGCUUCUGAAAGAGAUUGGUUAUCAUGAUACUGAUCUCAAUUUAGCAGUUGAUGUUCUAUUUGCCUUCAUAUUCUCAUUUGCAAGGAUGAUUGGUGGUCCAUAUCUCACAUAUGUUACUUUGACUGCAGAUAAUCCUAUGCUUAUUAAGAUGAUGGCAAUGGGAUUGCAGCUGGUUAGCAUAUUUUGGUUCUGCAAAAUUGCUAGAAUGGUCAGGUACAAACUGACCAAGAGGAUGACAUCAAGAAAAAUUUCUUAGGCAUCCAACUAGCCUCUUAUUAUCUUGAUUGUAAUCUCAAACAAAAACACAAUGUAUUUGAUUGAAAUUUCGAAUUCCUCUUCCUAGGACUUAUUUUUUGUCAGCAUAUUCAGUUAAAACACAGAAACAUUCGUAAUAAAUCCGGAGCAAUAUUAAGAGAUCCAUCCACAGAAUGUAAUGAAUUAUUCAUAGCC